GGGCGUUCGAAACGCGUUUACAUUGUAUCUUGCACGUUCUAGAACGCUGCGGUCCUCUCCCAUCUCUCAGCAACCAGCUGCAGCCUAUCCUUCAGCGCCAAGACAGCGAGUAACGCCCACUCCCCCAGAAUCCUUUGCGCGGACUGGCAUAGCCAGCCAGAAGUAGGAAUGUCCUCCGCAUCGCCGCCCUAGUCGUCAUCCUGCUGCGUUCUGUGCACUUCCGGUUUAUCACACGCUGCUAUGCCGGUUGGUGAUCACUAUGUGCAGAUUUACCUAAACGGGCUAUACAUGGUGUGAGAGACAGCAGAAAGAUGAACUAAGCUAUUCACCUGAAGAUUGCCAAAGCAUUUCUUUUAUUUAGUUCACCGGCCUUUUAUUCAAGCUAAUCAUGGAGAGCAACGCCAUGGUUUCCAGAAGUGGUUUAUUUAAAAAAACUAUUUUGUGUUUCAUUUUAAUAACUCUGGCCAUACUGGUUUGCUCUGACCAGGACUACUAUAAUUUACUUGGCGUGUCAAAAGAAGCCAGCAGUAGGGAAAUCAGACAGGCUUUUAAAAAACUUGCACUGAAAUUACAUCCUGACAAAAAUCAGAAUGAUCCUGAAGCACAUGAUAAAUUUUUAAAAAUAAACCGAGCGUAUGAAGUUUUAAAAGACGAAAACCUUCGAAAGAAGUAUGAUAAAUAUGGUGAGAAGGGCCUGGAGGACCAGCAGCAGGGAGGCCACUAUGAAAGCUGGAGUUAUUAUCGCUAUGAUUUUGGUAUUUAUGACGAUGACCUUGAAAUUGUAACUUUGGAUAGCGGAGAAUUUGACGGCGCUGUCAACUCUGGGGAAUUGUGGUUCAUUAAUUUUUAUUCUCCUCGAUGCUCACACUGUCAUGAUCUGGCACCAACGUGGAGAGAAUUUGCUAAAGAAAUGGACGGACUCAUUCGAAUUGGAGCUGUGAACUGUGGCGAUGACAGAAUGCUUUGCCGAAGCCAAGGAAUCAACAGCUAUCCAAGUCUCUACAUUUUCAGAACUGGAAUGAAUCCAGUAAAAUAUUUUGGGCAGCGAACAUCAGAUGAUUUGGUUAAUUUUGCAAUGCAGUAUGUAUCCAGUACAGUGACAGAGUUGUGGGCAGGAAACUUCCGGAAUUCCAUUGAAACUGCCUACGCCUCUGGGCUUGGUUGGCUAAUCACUUUUUGUGCUGACACAGGCGAUUGUCUAAGUUCUCAGACCCGUUUAAAGCUUGCAGGCAUGCUGGAAGGGCUUGUUCGUGUAGGAUGGAUGGACUGCUCUACGCAAGCAAAUCUCUGCGAAAACAUGGCUAUCGCAACAAGCACUACCGCUUAUUUCCCCCCUGGAGCUACCCUAGUGGAUGACAGGAGCAGCAUUUUGUUCCUUGAAACCUUAGAUGCAAAAGAGAUCUACAAAGAAGUAAUUCAUCGUCUUCCUGAUUUGGAAUAUCUCUCUGAAGAAUCUUUAAAGGAUAGAUUAGCACAUCACCGGUGGCUUAUUUUCUUUACGUACGGGAAGGAUCAACAACACUUCCUUCCAGAGCUCAAGAAGCUAAACGUUUUACUUAAAAAAGAUGAUGUUCAGGUUGGAAGAUUUGAUUGUCAAUCCAACUCAGCGGUUUGCCAUAAACACUACAUUAACAAACCCUGUGUAGCUGCCUUUAAAGGAGACGGCAUUGACAGCUAUGAAAUUCAUCAUGGAAAAAUAACCUUGUAUGAAUUGGUUGCUUUUACAAAAGAAAGUGUUAAUUCUCAUGUCAUUACGCUGGGACCCCAGAACUUUCCUGGUGAUCAGAGGGAAGCCUGGUUGGUUGACUUCUUUGCUCCUUGGUGUCCCCCGUGUCGAGCCUUACUGCCAGAACUAAGGAAAGCAUCAAAACGUUUGUUUGGACAGAUUAGAUUUGGAACUUUAGAUUGUACAAUCCAUGAAGGACUCUGUAACACGCAUAAUAUUAGAGCGUAUCCAACCACCGUUGUUUUCAACCAAUCAAACACCUAUGAAUAUGAAGGACAUCACAAUGCUGAGCAGAUUUUAGAGUUCAUACAGGAUCUUCAACAUCCAUCCGUUGUUACACUCACACCAGAAACUUUCAAAGAACUUGUUAAACGGAGGAAGAAAGAUGAAAUUUGGGUGAUAGAUUUUUAUGCUCCGUGGUGCGGACCGUGCCAAGCUCUAAUGCCAGAAUGGAAACGGAUGGCGAGGAAUAUUAAUAGCAUGAUCAGCGUUGGGAGUGUUGACUGUCAGAAAUACGGUUAUCUCUGCAGCCAAGAGCGGGUGCAAGCAUAUCCCGAGAUAAGAAUCUACCCUGCAAAUAUGGACUCGCCAAAUCAUUACGUCCAAUAUAAUGGAUGGCAUAGAGAUGCCCAUUCACUCAAGACUUGGGCACUUGGGCAUUUGCCUAAAGUAUCUAUUGACCUGACACCAGAAAUUUUCAACGAUAAGGUGCUAAAUGGAAAAGAUCAUUGGGUCCUGGAUUUCUACGCCCCGUGGUGUGGCCCAUGUAGAAGUUUUGCUCCAGACUUUGAAGUUCUAGCUAGGGCAGUUAAAGGUAAAGUGAAGGCUGGGAAAGUCGACUGUCAGGCUCAUGGAUAUCUUUGCCAAUCAGCUGCCAUCAGAGCGUAUCCUACUGUUAAAUUUUACCCACAUCAGGGAUCUAAAAAGAAAAAUGCUCAUGGUGAACAUAUAGAUACUAGAGAUCCUCAAGAAAUAGCCAGAAUCCUAACUGCGAGGAUAGAAACAAUUAAAAGGCAAUCCAAGAAAAAGGAUGAAUUGUGAAUAAAUAGCCAAGACAUUUAAAUAUGGAGCCUUAUCAAGGGAUUCCCAUUGAAAAUUAUACUGAGUAAAAGGAAGAGGAAGAAAAUCAAAAUAAUACAUAAAAUAAAACUUUCAUAUGCAGUAACGGUGGAAACAAUGGACUACGCCAUGUAUGGAGAACUGCCUUCUAAACUGUGGUUCUUGGAUGCCUUUUAAUUUACAUCACACCGUCUGGAAUAUGCUUUUGAAAAUGUGUUUUUAAAAAUCACAAGGUGAAUUCUUCAAAAGGAGUUGAACGUUAUUGGCUAUAUGUUUUCCCUGUAAUGUUCACAGUUGUUAAAUGUAUCAAAUUUCCAAUAAUGUCCCAAUUCUAAGAUACCAUUUUAUAUAUUAUGGUGGAAACUGUCAACGAACUCCAUUUCAUCAUGGUAUAUGCUGCUUAAGAUUUAUUACAUGUUCUGGUUUGUUUUAUUUUUAUCCUUUUUAUUAGCAUCUUGUUAUGGAGGUAGUGUCAUAUUAAUGUAGGCUAAUGUUUCAAUUAGAUUCUAUUAAUUAUUCCCAUGAACUCCUCUCAACAAAAGUGCCUCUUGAGAUUUAAAAACACUACUAUAUUUUGUAAGCCUGUUUUUUUGUCUGUGUUUCUUUUUUGUUUUAGCAGAACUAUGCAGUAAUUAUUACAUUUUCAGCUGUUUUAAUUCUGAAAAAUGCUACUGUAACAGUUUUUUAAGUAUGAAGUCAUUUUCUUAUGUGGCAGCAGUGUCUCAUUCAUAACAAAAACUAUUAAUUAAGCAUGUAGUAUUUGCAAAAUAGGUGACUCCAAACAUCAUGUUUACAAUGUGAAUGUAUAUGGUGCAAACAGCACUCAACGGUAUCUUAUGAAGUUUAAAUUAUUUCAAAUGUGUUUUCUCUCUCCCAUAUGUCAUGUUACCAUGCAAAUUCGUAUGCAAAUGCCUACUCAUCUGAACAGGUUAGUUCUACAUUAUUCAGUUUGUCAAGCUAAAUCCCUAGAUUUGCAGCCAUGGAAGCUGAUCAAAUGUGUAAAUAGUCUGCAUAUACUACCCUGUUAUAGACCAAAGAUUUGGACUUCAUGCAUCACCUAGUUCGAUAAUCAUCUUGUACGAGAAGGGGAGGUUGCAAUUCCUUCCUUACUAAUAGAGGUACCCACAAGAAGACAGAUAAAUUGCACUGUUACUAGGGCUUGGAGGUGGAGUACUCCACUCAACUGUCCAUAUACAGAAAAUAAAUCUAGCCAUGAUUAGUAGAAAUAACCACAAUGAAAACAUUCAUACAUUUAACUAUGCAUUUUUUUCCAUUGGGUGUAAAGCUAAAAAUAAAAUUAAAAAGCUGCAGCUCUUUGUAAACCCUCCACUUCUGAUCCCGCAUAGACUUUCUGUGGCUGUCCAAUCACAGACUUCCCAAUGUAGCUCAAUGAGAAAUCUUUGCAAGGCAGGUGCUCUGGGCAAUUGUUGCCUCUUAAGUUUAGCUUCACUGAGCUAACCUACCAGGAAGUAACUGGACUUGUUGUCUUACAGACACAGAGUGUAACCAGGUUAAUUUAUAAAUGUGCCAAUUUUUAUUUACUCUAUACUUUUUGGAAAAUGGGGGGGGGGGGGAGCAUUAAGUACUUAAGUGAAAAUGCUUUAAGGGUCUGGAGUGUUCCUUUAAUACCCAUUAUCUAGAACCCUAUUGCUACAAUAAAAGACUUUAAUGUGCAUGCUCUGCUUUUGACAGUUCAGGUAGGAUUUUUUAUACUUCACUGCGUGCAUUAAAGCUGCAGCAAUUAAUUGACCGACGAAUAUUGACAAAUAUUAUCCUUGCACUCAGAAUCCCAUCUUUCUAGGUAUCUCCUUUAACUGCAGUGUGUUCAAGUCCCAAAAAUAAGCAAUGCAGACUUGGGGGCGGGGACUGCAAAAGUUGUGUGCUUUCAAAGUUCCCAGUCUACAGUUUUUCAACAGAGGUCUAUGCUAACCUUUUAAUAAAACCGUAAACCUCUUAAGGGAAGUCCUACAUUCAGUUACCUUGCAGUGAAAGGAUAAAUCUCAAAUGAGAUAGAAGUGAGCUUUCUUACAAAGCCCCAUGAAUAAACCUGUUAACAGUUUUGAAGGGAACACAUGGGGCAGUGUUGGCAGCGCUGUGACAAGACUGCACUAGAGAAAAGCAGAUAGAACACACAAAUAUUAGACCUGAGUUCAAAAUUACACUAUUCACACUCAGUGUUAGACAAAACCGUAGCAUGCACCCUGUCCCAGGGUAAUCAACUGAAAAUGUCCACUUUAUGAUGUAUGAUCAGCACCUUUAACAUGACAAAGUAUGUGCAUGUUUGUAUAGUCCCUUUACCCCAUGGGAAACAUUUUGGGUUUGCAAACAAAUUGUUGCCCAGUCUGCUCUUAAAAAUGUUGCCACAUUUAACUUAGAAUGGCAAUAUAUGAAACCCUCCAUAUUUUUAUUUUCUUUAACCUGUGCAACAUCAGGAGUGGAAAUCGUAGAUUCUGUUUGAUUGUGUGCAUCAUACAGGACAGUGUAGUUUGAAUCUUCCCAAUAUGAUGAUAUGGUCGUCUGGUUGACAGGCAAUCUUGUAUACCAAAAUUGAGUUGAAAUAUGUUUUUAAUGUUUAAAGAAUGCUACCACAGUUGGCAAAACCCACGUGUUAACAAAAAUGUUCCACGAUCCCAAGCAGUUGGGCAGAUAAAAGAAAAUUGUAUAGGGAGAGGGCUGGGGGUUUUUUUUUGUUUUGUUUUU